AUGGGUAAUAAAGCGCUAGAAGGAGACGUCGUUGCUGAAUUUGGUUUGUCCCAUCAGAUAGAUGAGCUUCCUCAAAAGAAGCAAAAAUUAUCUUCAUCAGCAAUUAAUGAAAUAAAACAUAUUCCAUCAACAGUUACAUCGUUUACAAUUAAUGAUUUAGUAAAGCCCAAAUUGGCAUUCAGUUCUGUAAGUGAAUGUGAAAUUAUUGAUGCAGAACCAGAACAUAGCUAUAGUAUGAAAGAAAAUACAAAACAAACUGUAGAUUAUAGUGCACAAUCUGUUUCUACAUUUUCGAUUGCUUUGGAUGAGAGUACAGCUAUUUUUAUACGAGAUGUUGAUGAAGAAGUUGAAUUACUGGCUUUACGGUCGCUACAAGAGAUCGCUACUGGAAAAGAUAUUUUUUUCCGAGGUGCAAAGUACUUUUGUAGUGUAAAGUAUUUUUGCAGUGGUGUAAAUUGCAUGGAUGGUGCGCCUUUAUUGAUCGGUUCACGAAAACGUUUUGUGGGAACUCUGAAGGAAAGAACAACUGCUAUGAAUGUGCAAGAAUGUGAUUUAAUAAUUCUACAUUGUAUUAUUUACCAACAAGACUCUAAGUCCAUUCGAUUGAAGAAUGUUAUGGAUGUGGUAGUAAAUUUCAUUAGAUCCCUCUGUCUUAACCAUCGCCAGUUUAAAGCAUUUUUGGAUGAACUCUCUUCAGAACACGAUGAUGACAUAUUAUUGCGAAGUGUAGACGAAGUAAAUCAGAAGCUACCUGCAAAAGAGGUUCCUACCGUUAAACAUUUUUCUUACGAUGAUGACAACAAGCAAUCUGAAAGUGAACAGGAAAGAAAACAAGUUCCGACAACAUCGACUGAAAAUUUCAUUAACGAGAAAGACUUUGAUCUGUUAGUCAAUUCAGAUGAUAACCAAAAAGAUCUGAAUUAUAACAACACAGAAAGUAAUGGGCACAACAACGUCACUAGCGAUAAUGAAAGCAGUGAUAAUUCUAAAUAA